AUGAAGGAUGUUCAGGAUUUGGGCACCUGGGAGCAAAGGGUAUCAAUGCAGAUAUUUCCUCCCACUGGAGGGAUCUCUUGGGUGAAUGCCAUCAUUUUCCCCCGGCCAAACAUACCCCACAACCUCAGCAGCUCCUACAGGCACAAGCACCACCUGAACCAAUUGGAAGAACAGCAGCCUCCCCAUGAACAGCCCCCUCCAACAACAUCAGCAGACCCUAUAGGCACAAGUGCCACCAUACCAGCUGGAAGAACAGGCACAUGCAAAACCUACACCAAUAGUCUCCAGCAGUGCACCAAUCAUUGGUUCUAUCUCAGGAUUAAGGCCACGUUAUUCCCCAAUAUUUUUAUGGAACCUGAUGAAGUGUUUUUAGGAAUCGGCUGUCCCGUGAACACCGUCUGGCCAAACGAUGUCUAUGACUUUACCUACCGUACUUACUCCUGCGGCAUUGUCAAUAAAGUUCUUUGUGAUGUCACUCUGCUUCAGACUAAACUUACAUAUAUCUCAAAAAACUCUACUGCACGAGCUGAGAUGCAUCUGUCCUGUGUGAUGCACAGUCGGUAUCCUCUUUUCUGUGAAGCUGAAAGUAAAGGAGAUUUCACUGGCAAUCCUCCUGAAUGGGAAGUAGAUAUGACAAUGCGCAGAAAUGAGCAAGCUGCUCCUGCAGUUCCACCAAACUUUUCAACAUCAAGUGAAGAGCCCCAGGGCUCUAGAACCAGCAAGCUUCAGCCUGCUGAAGAAUCUAGCUUCAUGGAUCAGAAGUUGUCACUUCUCCAUUUCUCCAGAGUGCACACAGUUUGA